AAGAGAUUCCGGGAUUGGAAUCGAAAUGCAAAUUUCAAAGGUCAAGCGGAGCGGUGCCUCACGUUUUGCAGUGUCUGAGCUCAGUGCAGGCGGAGCAGACAAAGACCCGGCCAGAGGAGGCAGACUUUGGGACUCAUCGAUUCUGUUUUCCCGAAAUAAUUCUAGUCAUGCCUGAAAUGCCAGAGGACAUGGAACAGGAGGAAGUGAACGUCCCCAGUAGGCGGGUUCUGGUUACUGGAGCUACUGGCCUUCUUGGUAGAGCUGUGUACAAAGAAUUUCAGCAGAACAACUGGCAUGCCACUGGUUGUGGUUUUAGAAGAGCAAGGCCAAAAUUUGAACAGGUUAAUCUGCUGGACUCUGAAGCAGUUCAUCACAUCAUUCAUGAUUUUCAGCCUCAUGUCAUAGUACAUUGUGCAGCAGAGAGAAGACCAGAUGUUGUGGAGAAUCAGCCAGAUGCUGCUUCUCAGCUUAAUGUGGAUGCUUCUGGGAAUUUAGCAAAGGAAGCAGCUGCAGUUGGAGCAUUUCUCAUCUACAUUAGCUCAGAUUAUGUGUUUGAUGGAACAAAUCCACCUUACAGGGAGGAAGACAUACCAGCUCCCCUAAAUUUGUAUGGCAAAACAAAAUUGGAAGGAGAAAAGGCUGUUCUGGAGAAUAAUUUAGGAGCUGCUGUUUUGAGAAUUCCUGUUCUAUAUGGGGAGGUUGAAAAGCUUGAAGAAAGUGCUGUAAGUGUUAUGUUUGAUAAAGUGCAGUUCAGCAACAAGUCAGCAAACAUGGACCACUGGCAGCAGAGGUUUCCCACUCAUGUCAAAGAUGUAGCCUGUGUGUGUCGACAGCUGGCAGAGAAGAGGAUGCUGGAUCCAUCAAUUAAGGGAACAUUCCACUGGUCUGGCAAUGAGCAGAUGACUAAGUAUGAAAUGGCGUGUGCAAUCGCAGAUGCUUUCAACCUCCCCAGCAGUCACUUAAGACCUAUUACUGACAGUCCUGUCAUAGGAGCACAACGACCAAGAAAUGCUCAGCUUGACUGCUCCAAGUUGGAGACCUUGGGCAUUGGCCAGCGAACACCAUUUCGAAUUGGAAUUAAAGAAUCACUCUGGCCUUUCCUCAUUGAUAAGAGAUGGAGACAGACAGUUUUUCAUUAGUUUGUGUGUAUUUGUGGUUUUUUUGUUUUAAUGAAAAGUAUGGUAUGUGGCACUUUUUAAAGAAAAGGAAAUAGUUUUGUAUGAGUAUUCUUCAGUUAUGACUCAGUUUUUCAGGUAAAUGAUGCUCUUGCACUAGUGAAAUUAUAUGCAGAAACUUAAAGGGCAUUGAUGCCUUGUUCGCAUUAAUGAUUUUUCUCUUUAUCAUUUUUUUUCUGGCUUGUGGUUCAAAUAAAGUUAAGAUUGUUAAAUAUCUGAGAGCCAGGAUGAAACAUCUGCUGUAAACUUAUUUUGGAUGAAAUGCAUUGUUCACUCCUACAACUUUCAUGUUUUCAGGGUUUUUUUUUUUUUGCAGCUGUUGACUAUUGUAUGUUGAUUAUUUUUAAGUGUGAAAUUGUAAUAAAAUCAUUGUUCAUUAUUUGCUUGAGCUCAGAUCAAAUGUUUGAAGAAAGAAACUUUAUUUUUGCAACUUAAGUAUAGUUUUUAUGCUUGAGAUAGUUCAACAUGUUAUGUAUAGCAGAACUUCUGCAGCCUGAUGCCUCCUGCUUUUGUAGCAGUAUAUGUUAAGCACUCGAGGGUGUGUAUGUGUAUUUUUAAAAUAUAAAUAUAUAACUGUCCUUUUCAUUCCAUGUUGCUAAGUGAUAUUUCAUAUGUGGUUAUAAUAAUGGCCCUUGUUAGUCUUGACUGCUCAUGAAUAAUAAAUAUGUUCUGUUGGCAUGUAA